AUGCCUACAGUUUAUGCUCGUUUACCUGCCGAAAGCGUGGAUGUUUCGAUAUUGGGAGAGCAACUGAAGUUUCGCAAUGGUCGCACGGCAAAGAAUAGAUUUCUUAAGGCUGCGCUGACUGAAAGAAUCAGUACGUGGGAUCCGAACGAUCUGAAGAAAACUGGUAUCCCUACUGAAAGCCUUGUAAACCUGUACGAUAGAUGGGGUCAUGGCGGAUUUGGGAUGAUUUUGACUGGAAACAUAUGCGUAGAUCCGUUCAACUUGGAAUCAGCAGGAAAUGUAGUGUUCAGCAAGGAGAACGACUCGCCCCAGUUAAGAGAAAUGGCCUCACAAGUUAGCGACAGCAAUGCGGCAGGAUGGAGCGCAGGGCGACAAACACCAGCAUCAGUGAAUCCGCGUCCAUUCUCAUGCUCCGAUGUGCAACUGGAAGCGAAACGUCGUUUCAUGGGUUUCGGGAAACCUGUUCCACUUACCGAAGAGCAAGUAAAAACCGAGGUCGUAGACAGAUUUGUAUAUGCAGCGAAACUCGCUUAUGAACAGGGUUUUGACGGUGUCCAAUUACACGGAGCCCAUGGAUACUUACUUUCACAGUUUAUGUCUCCGACGACCAACAAGCGUACUGAUAAGUAUGGUGGAUCAGUUGAGAACAGAACAAGAGUCGUGUGUGAGAUAUUCGAAGCAAUAAGGAAAGAGAUUGACGCUUCCACUGGCUUCUUGAUUGGUGUCAAAACUAACUCAGUGGAGUUCCAAGAUGGUGGUCUUGAUUUAAAUGAUGCCACGGCCAUUUGCGAAAUAAUGGAGAACAUAGGUUUCGAUUUUGUGGAAUUGUCUGGUGGAACCAUAGAGCGACUAGCCUUCCAGCACAUGCGCGAGUCAACUAGGAAGCGUGAGGCAUUCUUCCUCGAGUUUGCUGAGAAGAUUCGUCCAACUUUCAAGAAGGCACGGGUGUACGUGACAGGUGGCUUCAGGACAGCACCUGCAAUGGUUAGAGCUAUACAGGACGGGACUACCGAUGGUAUAGGAUUGGGAAGACCAAUAACUUCAGAACCAGGUGAGCCCGUUGACAACAAAAGUGUACUGUCACUGUUAUGUGAAAAGGCUUCAGAUUUGCCAGCUAAAAUUCUACGUGGCGAUUGUUAUUCGGCAGCAGACGUGAAGCUUGAUCCUGAUGACUUUGGAAUUACAUCAACAGCCAGUAAUACCCAGAUGGGACAGAUGGGCCAGAAGCCAUUUUCAGACGUUAAAAACGCCUGUGAAGAUAUCGCUGAUCUCAGUCAUCCCGAAGAGGCAGAAAACUUCCAGAAAGUUUUCACCUUGUAUCUCGAUAAGAUGAGAGAAAUUGCUGAACGGAAUGAACCUCUGCGUGGUGUUAUGCCCUACGAAAAUGUGGUGGCAUAG